AUGGAAACAACGCAGGCUCGGGUUAAUGUUCAAGCCAAGUGGAGGAAGGAAGGAGAACAUGCUCCAGAGUGCGCCUGCUCCACUCAGGAACUCAUCCAGUCUUCCUCCAUUUUAAGGAGAGACCAGCUCCAGGAGGUGCUGUGUCCGAGAGAGAGGCUACCUACUCUGGCCACACGCCGCACAAAGACACACGUACACGGCGAGCGCAGAGAGCCUCCUCGGUCCACCUCCAGCAGGGUUCCCAACAUGAGGAACCUGCACAGUGUCCACCUGGUCCACGAAGGCGACACUGCGAAGAAGCGCAGGGGCUCUGGGCUCAGGGGCUCUCUGGGCUCAGGGGCUCUGGGCUCAGGGGCUCUGGGCUCAGGGGCUCUGGGCUCAGUGGCUCUGGGCUCAGUGGCUCUGGGCUCAGGGAGCUUCGUGCGGAGCCGCUGGACUGAGCCGGUCCUGGUUCGGCUCCAGUCUCAGUCUAGGACCUGGACUUGGUCUAACGCUGCUUUUGCAGUCACCACUUUGCAGGUCAUUCUCGAGCAGCUCUUCCACAUUAUCCAUGAGCCUCCACUACACGUUCUCCAGACCUUGUAA